AAAGCUUCCAUCUUCACAAAACUUCUUCAUUCGGAGACUAACUCCAGUACGAUCCUGUACCAAGGCUAAGUUGACAAUCGCGUUUACACGAGUUAUUUGGGAAUGAUACAAAUAUACGAGAGUGAAUUUGUGAUGCGGUCGAUUUUAUUUUUGAGUGUAUUAAUUGGGUGUGGCUGCGGUCAGUCGCGCAUUGGUUUUCUAGACUUCAUCCGGCCGCUGAGCAUCAGGCGCGAGAAGGAUCCCAAUGGAAAACUACCCGUCCUCGAUUUUAUGGGGCUGGUUACUCGUCACGGCUAUCCGGCUGAAGAACACCAGGUGACAACAUCGGAUAGUUACCGAUUACGACUCCAUAGAAUACCAGGAAGUCCAAAGUCACCACCAGGGCCUGGAAAACCAGUCGUUCUCAUACAUCACGGCAUACUCUGCACCUCCGAUGAUUUCGUUCUCGCUGGACCCGACAGGGAUCUAGGAUACAUAUUAGCUGACGCCGGUUACGACGUCUGGUUUGCUAACGUACGUGGCAACGCCUACUCCAGGUCACACGUUCACCUGUCACCCGAUCAUGAUCCGGAAUUCUGGCAAUUCAGCAUGCAUGAAAUGGCUUUGUACGACGCGAGCCGUACAAUCGACUAUAUCCUGGGGCAAACCGGCCAGCAAUCGUUGAUCAUAGUAGCUCACUCGAUGGGUACCAGUAUAAGUAUGAUUCUGUUGUCCACCAGACCGGAAUACAACGCCAAGGUUCGACUGGCUGUCUUUAUGGGUAGUGUUGGAUUCUGGAAACGGCCGAGAAACGUGAUGCAGUUUCUGAAAGACUAUGGAAAAUUUCUUUUGAGUUUAGCUCGAGUAUUAAGACUGAGGGAGUUCCUACCGCAGACUCUAGCAACCGGUGAACUUAUGAGCGGCUCGUGUCGAGAUAACAGUCCUUUUCAACAUCUCUGCAUAAGUAUAACCGAGUAUCUCAGUGGAUAUGAUCCCGAUCUACUCGACACCAAACUACUGGCUGAAGCCUACAACUAUUUCCCGGCAGGAGUAUCAGCACAAACUUUGUCACAUUUUUAUCAAAAUAUUAAAGCGGGCAGGAUGCAAAUGUACGACUAUGGUCUGAUGGGUAACGUCCAGCGAUAUGGUCAGACCACUCCACCCGUCUACAGUUUGGAGAACAUCGACACACCCGUCGUUUUGAUCUACGGUAACGGCGAUGUCAUUGCCUCACCAGAGGACUCGUUGGACCUAGUAACUCGGUUAAGGUUUUCAAGAGUUGAAAUGGUCCCACAUGACAGCUUCAGUCACUUUGACUUCAUGUGGGCAAAGGACAUCAAGAGACUUCUACAAGAUCGCAUUAUGCAGAUUAUCGAAACCGCCGACAAAUACGGAAGCUAUAGUGUACUCUAAAAUAUACAUCCAUUGUAAGAAUAAAGCUAUACGAAAAAAGCAAGAGAAAAGAAAUAA